CAACAGAACGAUGCAUGAUUUUACGCUCUCGGAAAAUGAAAGCGAUGCAUACGUUUGUAUAAACGCAACGGAAACUGAUCAAAUGACUUACACAAGACUUGCGAUCUAUUUUUCAAAAGAAGAGAGUCUGCUGUCUUUCGUUGGUGGAAUUUUGUCAUUGACCUGUCUGCUAGUGUGUUUGACUGUUUACGUUUGUUUCCCUAAGCUGCACAAUGUUCCUGGCAAAAACCUUAUAUGCUUGAUGGCAUCCUUGUUCGUUGCGCAAUUGUUACAUUUAAUAGCGCCAUUUAUUUUCGAGAUGAAAAACCAAACUUUAUGCAAGGCUCUAUCAGUUGUAACUCAUUUUGCCUUCCUAGCUGCUUUCUUCUGGAUGAAUGUGAUGUCUUUCGACGUAUGUUUUACAUUUUCAACGGGUUUUACUAAUUCGGGUGAAAGGAAUAGUUCUUCAAAACGUGUGCGAUUUUAUUCGCUCUAUGCUUGGUUGGGUGCUGUUAUCAUAGUUGGGUCUGCAGCCUCAGUUGAAUAUACUUCAGAUUCAAGUUUUAAACCUGGAUAUGGUGAGGGAGUCUGUUGGAUUUCAAAUAGCAGAGGUUUGCUUGUCUUCUUUUUGGUCCCCGUCGCAAUUCUUUUGUGUUCAAAUUUUGUUUUCUUCAUUAUGUCUGUCAUAAGUAUACACGUGUCAUCCAAGAAAACUUCCCGGAUUCUGAAGAGAAAGAACACUUGCAAAUUACUAAUUUACAUAAAACUGUCGGUUGUGAUGGGAUUAACCUGGUGUUUUGGUUUCUUGGCAGCGGUAACCAAUAAUCAGGCGUUGUGGUAUUUGUUCAUUAUCUUCAAUACUUUACAAGGAUUCUUCAUAGCCACUUUCUUUGUAUGUACGAAAAAGGUCCUCCAAGUCGUCCGAGAUGGCGCUUGUUUUACUGGUAGAAAAUCUUUAACUUCAAAGCUCGAGAGUGAGGAAAAGAAGAGUGCUUCUAGGAAAGUCGAAGCCUGAUAUAAGUGUAGAACAUGAACUUUGUAGGAGUAGUCUGUACAGUUUCUGAGUUUUUUCUUUUCGCGAUUAUUUUUGUGCAGCUUCCUUCUUUUUUUUUACUUUGGAUUUUACACCAUUCCAAUUUGUUAUAUUUUUAUUUUCAUCAUCAACGUCCCUGGUCCCACAUGUAUCAUGCUCCUUUGCCAAACGAUAGGCCUUUUGAAGUGACAGUCACGGGUCUUUCGGAUAUGACCUUAAAAACAGAGGUCCCGUGUCGCGACGAGCGUUGGCACAUUAAAGAACCCUCAAUGCUGAGCGCUAAGCAUGGGUCUAAAUUUGUGAUACUUCACUUAUAGCUGGUGACGUCUCAAAAUGAAUAAGAAAAUCUCAACGGGACGUA